AUGACUACUACUGACAUUAUUCAAAUCGAAGAUAUCACCAAACAAUCUUCUGUGGAUAGAAGCUGUUCUUCUGUAAGUAACAUUGAAAAAGAAAAGAAAAGUAUCAUUUCAAAAAUCGAUAUUCCAAAACAAGAAAUUCUUAUUGAAAAAAAGAAAUAUUCUUUAAAUGAAUCAAAAACAAUACAAGAAAGUCGAAUUCAUAGUCUUUCUCAUUGGCCACAUUUUACACCAAGUAAUGAAUCAAUGGCAUCUGCUGGUUGGUUUUCAUGUAAUGUUAAUGAUCGAGUUAUUUGUAUAUAUUGUAAUACAAUUUGUCAUGAAUGGACAAUCAAUGAUGAUCCAGCUGAAGUUCAUAAAAGACUUGCACCACUAUGUCCAUUUGUUCGUUCAAUGUCUUCAAUAGUAGAAAAUUCACCAAAAAUAAGUAAUAAUAUAUUUGAUGAAAAAUUUCAACCAUUUCAUUCAAAAAUGGUUGAAAUAUCUCGUCGAGAAGCAACAUUUUCUAAUGUUAAUUGGACAGAAAAUUCACCAAGUAUUGAAAGUUUAGUUCGUGCAGGAUUCUUUUUUGCUGGUAUUGGUAAUUUAGUAACAUGUUUUUAUUGUAAUGGUUCAUUACAUAAAUGGAGUUCAAAUGAUAAUCCUAUUAUUGAACAUGCUCGAUGGUUUCCUCAUUGUAUUUAUGCUAAACAUUUGUGUGGAAAUCAAUUAUAUGAAAAAAUUCAAACAUCAAAAAAAAAACUUAUGUUAAUAAAAAAUAAUAAAAUUGAUCCAGAUCAACUUACACGUUUAGUUAAAGCAAGACUUGAUUUACCUAUUGUUGAACAUCUUCGUUUACAAUAUUCAUUAGUAAUAAUUAAACGUUGUAUUGAAGAUCAAUUUAAAAUUAAAAAUGAUGAUUUUAAAACUGAUAUUGAUUUAACAAUGGCUUGUUUAAUUCUUCAAAAACAAAUUGAUAUUAUUAAAGGUUCUAUAGAUAAUUUAAUAAUUCCAUCAAAAUCUCAACAAUUAGAUAAUUCAUCUCAAUUAUUAAAACAAUCAUUAGGAGAAUGUUACAUAUGUCUUACCGAAGAAAAACAAUUAGCAUGUAUGCCUUGUGGACAUUUAUGUGCUUGUGUUCCUUGUGGAUAUGCACUUCGUUCAUGUCCAAUUUGUAGACAAAAUAUUCAAUGUUUUAUAAGAAUUACUUCGUAA